CACAUUCCCCAACUAUAACGCUGUUCCUGAACUCCUGUUAGUUCACAAGGCAGAAAAGGACAAAAGAAAGCUGGAAGGAAGAUCAGAAAAUCAUUUUAAAAACGACAAAAUACAAGCUGUUAUUGGUGCUCGGACAAGUUUGACCGAAAACCUGUCCAUGUGGAUACGUGAAGAAGGCAUCGACCAUCAGUUUCUAAAUGGACUACAUAGCACGAGUCGUCCCUUCCUCCGUGUCCAUCGCUCUGGGAGACGUGUCUACAACAGCGCCUGGCCUCGGGAGACCAUGGCGCCAUCUUGUUAUUUCUCCUUCGUCAGCAGAGCAGUGUUAUGGGACAGAGGAAGGCAUCAUCACACAGAUGUCUUCCAUACUGAGAAACCUCGACCCCCAUGUUCACGUUUUGAGGCUCACAUGAGGGCGUGUCCCAGCCUGAUCAGACCCCAGUAUUUCCCACGCACACACCGUCUACCAGGAUCUCCAGUGAAGAGCCUCCGUGCUCCAAAACCGCCAAGAAAGCGAGAAACUCAGAGAAAGCAGAACUCCCUAAGGCACUUCUCUGUGGUCCUUCCCAGUGUGCCAGCAUCUCCACAUCCAAGCGUGGCUUCUCCAGACCCUGUGCUCUCUCCAACACCAUCUGUCCACUCAGGGAGAAACCCAGAUGAGUUCCCAUCUUUCCCUGGUCACUCUCCAAACUCGGAACACACCACAAUAAAACAAGAUGAUGUAGUAAGUCAUAGAGAUGUUACUUUGACUGGGCCCUCCUCCCCACAAAUCGACUAUAAGGACUAUGAAGAGCCUAAAGGUGAAGCAGUGACACCAAUGACAAUGACUCCUGGCACCCCAUCAACCCCUGUGACUCCUCUGACACCAAUGACUCCUAUGACCCCAGAUUCUCUUUCAGGUCUGAGUCGCCCAGCGUCCAGUCAGUUCAGCUAUAGCACCAACCUGAACAGCAGCCUUUCCAAUGGACCUUCAGUAAAUCAGAGUGACGACUCUGAUGGUGAUGAAGGAGAUACUGAGGAUGCUAUUAACAGGGAUGACCUAGAGGCCUGCUCUUCAUCCUUGUCUGAUCUUUGCUUCAGCUCUCUUGAUGGAGCAUUCUUGGCCUCCUGCUCUCCCCCAACCUCUACUCAAUCAUCUCUCUCCAAAAACCUGAGUUUCCAUAGCCAAGAACCUCAGAAUACCAAGCUUACCAGGCUUCCAGAAACCUUAAAGGAAAAUCCAAUUAUUCAGGUCAAAGACCCUAUAGUGAGGGAAACCCCACACCCUAACCAGCUCACAGAUAUGAGUGAUGAUGGAGCUCCGAGCCCUUGCCCUGCAUAUCCGGACUCUCAAUCCAGAAUGGCAUCUGCUUCUCCGCUGGAUGUUCGCUGUGACUGGAAGACCUGCCGCUGGCCUAUACUUCCUCCGAUCACGCCUCAGAGAGGUAGCGAAGGGUCGAGAGCAUCUCACAGUUCCCCAAUAAGCUGUUCUCAGUCGGACAUGUUUGCUGAGCUGGAGGCUGCUGCACCUCGGAGUGUGUCCUGUCAGUCCUUGGAUCGUGCUGACUGUAGUGACACGGAAAUCGCCUCACCUACCACAGAUCUGAGUCCCGGCCUGGCCGCUCUAACAGUCGGCUGUGACUCUGGUGACCUGGGUUCUCUAUCCCGUGUGCAGCUCCUGCUGUUGGAAAGAGGAGCAUCUGAGGGUCUGGAACCCCCACUGGAUGCAGAAUGGAACAGUCCGAUAGAGGAGAGAGGAGACUAUGAACCUGGGCUUCAAGUCUGGAGCUUGGGCAUUCCCCAACAUUAUCAGUGCACAGAUCCCUAUGUACAGGUGAGCAGCAGUGUGUCUCUAAGUGUGAGGCAUUUUCCACUUGGCCAAGUGGACAUCAGGAGUGGAACUCCGGGGCUUAGUGAUGCUGAAGACAUCUCGAGAUCUUCCUCCUGGUCUCUCAGUUGUGGUUCGAGAGAAAACACGCCCUGUGAGGAAAAAGCGCAAUCGGGAGGAAGUGACCUCAUCAGCGACACCAAUCUCCACCUGAGCGCACAGCCAAUCGAGCCCAGAGUGACUGAAGAAACCUCCCAAAGAGCAGCUUGUCCAGGAAAGCGAGAGCGACCUGCUACAGGAGUGCGCAGAGGACCGAACCACAUCAAAGACAGGCGGAGGAGGCAUCACAGGAGGAUGCUGGGAGGGAAGGAAGAAGAGCGGAAGACCAAAGCACUGCAAAUUUACACCAAACUGCGAGACGGAAACAAGCCGACUGAGCCCAGCAAGCCGAGAAGCUGCUCCAGGUUUGAGGACUUUGAUUUCCUGGCCAAGUACUGCAUUAUCAGUCCUGAGAAGCUCGCCGCAUACAGACGUGCUUUUGAAGCUGUGGACAGUGACGGUGAUGGCUAUCUGUCGUGCUUUCAAGUACUGCUGGCUCUGAAGGAGAUCAUUCCUCCAGAACUGCUGACUGAAGAGGAGGAAAUCUAUGUGUACAGGAUUCUAGAGCUGGUUGAUUUCAGCGUGACCGAGGGUCUGACGGAUUUGCGUCUCUUCGCCGUUGUUGCCAGUCUGGCACAGAAAAUAGCCACACUAGACGAUUUCAUGCGGUCUCUCAUUAGCAAGAUGGACUUCAAAUCUUUGGAGAUGAAGCUGUACAAAGCGAAGCAGUUGUUCCUGUUCCUGCUGGAGGGCCAGUCUGAGGGCACCGAGGUACGACAGGGUCGUAUCAGUGCUGAACAACUGCUUGUGGAGCUGAAGGCAGGGGGAAUCCGUGAGGAGCAUGAGGACGAGGUCAGGCGUGAACUCCGUAGCCUUCGCUCCCUCGACCUGCUCGACUUCCUCGCACACCUGCCCCUCUUCAUCCUCAUCCACAACUCCAUCAUUGCCAACCCCCUGGAUGACUCUAGCAACCUGUGACAGAAACAAAAAAGCUGUGUUACGUUUUAAAGGCAGCAGCCAUAUUGUAUGGCAGCCAUAUUGUCAGGAUGCUCUGUCAGGGCUUCUAGUGUACCUUGCACAUGAUAUUUGUUUAUUCACUACCGCUAGUUUAUCAGCAGCAAUUAAACUGAAGAUGAAUAAAAAUUUCCUUGUGAAAAAGCAGAUUCAUUUGAGAAAUGACAUGGUACACCAAAGUAGCAGUAGUCACAGUAAUAGUCACACUGGACUUUUUUGUCUCAUUUUCUUCUUAAUGUCCAUUAGUGCACAUAUGAAAAGAGCAAAUUAGAUAGCUAGCUGAUAGCAACAUUCCUUCCAAAAAUCACAUGAUAUCAGGAUUGCCUAGUAAGUAAUGGCAAAUCCAUAUGUCAUUGUAAUGAAGAUGACUCAGGGCAUAUUUAAGCAGUUCAUUGCGAAGUCUUGCCAAUCCCUGUUUUUGCGCAAGUUCCAAGCCUUUUUUAUUACUGAUUGUGUUUAGGUGCCUUAACGCCUUGCCUUGCUUUUUUUGGACCUCUCUUGGGAUUACCUUCUGGACCUUUUGAAUUUGACUGUUUAUGUUUUGACCUCUGUCUCUGUGGUAUCACUUUGUGAUAUAUAUUAUAACUCUUGCAAAUGGAUCCUCACUCUGCUUCUGAGUCUCUACUGUUAUAGACAGAGAUGUAUUCUGAGUGUUGGGUUUCUGCCAAAUGUAGCACUUUGCACUAAAGCCAAAAUAUCAAAUUUGGAUCUCACCAGACCUGGGAACCUUUCCUCACAUGUUUGCUGAGUCUCCAAAAUGCCAUAUGGCAAACUCCAAAUAGGAUGUAAAGGUUCAUAAGUUCUCCCUGUGCCCAUGUGGGUUUCCUCCAGGCUUUCCAGUUUCCUCCUACCUCCCAAAAAAGCAUGCUGGUGGAUAGGAAAUGCUAACCUGCUCCUAGGUGCGAAUGUAUGUCCUGCUAUCCAGGUUAUUCAGACUUUAUGCCAGGUAUUCCCAGGAUCACCUCCAGAUCCACCAUGACCCUGACCAGGAUAAAGCACUUACUGAAGAUGAAUGAAUAAAAGAAUAUAUAUCCAUAGCAACUCAAUUUCAGUGAAGCUAGAACCCUUAGCCAUCUUAAGUACUCUUGAGGACCUCCCUUUGUACCUAGUGAUCCGGAUUUCUCCUGGAAUGCAAUGUAAGUCUUUCUAAAAAUAGAAAUGACGUAAGGAAAAUAACAUGUUUUUCUUUCCAUGCACUGGUUAAAGUGCUGAUCCUGACCUCUACCAUGAUGUCAACACCAACCGAGGAACUCAAAGAACCAUAGUUACAUAAGCAUAGAUUUCAUUCAACAUCCACACACGCACAAACACACUAGUGGGAGAAAUUUUCCAUACACCACUGAGCUGACUAACUGUACCUCGGGAAGUGUGCAGCAGAGAGCGAGUGCUGUCUGUGGUCCUGAACAUGUUCAGCUUGAUAACUCUCUACAUCUCCAUCAAAACACUUUUUUUCUGUAAUGUCUCUCUUUGCUCUAGACAAAAUGAAUAAUGCAUGACUACGGCAGAACCCGGUAAUAAUAUGUUUUUAAAGUGAAUAAGCGAGGACAUUGAGAUCUUGCCUCUCUGGAGAAUAAUUGCUGGGAACGAGAGACAGACAGGAAGCUGUGACAAAUAGUGCAAAAGAGUGCACCAUCAGAAAAGAGAACAUUUGUAUGUCAAAGGGAAAGGGAGAAAAGAGAGAGAAAAAGAGGGACUAAACCCUCUCGUUUAGCCUAAAGAAAAUGGCCACAGCCCUCUGCCAGGGGACCUGGGAGCCAUGAAAAGCUCUCGUGGUCCUCGGGAGGAGGUGAGUGCUGUCGAAUUGCGCUUGUCUUUAGCAUCUGCAAUGUCUGUUUGAGAACUUGGAGAGGCGGCGAUGGCAGCACUUUGAAAGGGAGUGAAAAGGAGGCGAGAGCAGAGUGAUAACGAGAGCCUCCUCAUGUCCCCAUGAAUUUUAACUGGGAGAACAUCAGAGGGCUGGGAAACCAAUCAGAGCGGAUUAGUGUGUGUGAGUGUUUGUGUGUGUGUGUGUGAGGGAGAGUGAGAGACUGCCUCAUUGAUCCAAGGCAUAAUGAAGAGGCGAUGUUCAAAACACAAGAGGCAACUGCGCAGUCGCACACCCUCACACGUGCCAAGUCAACACGUUUGUAAUCGAGCCACUACUUUAUAAAAUGUCAAACAAAUGCAGACUAUAUGUGAUUAAAGAA